AUGUUUUUCCACAUUAUUUUUAGGCAUCAACUUUUUCAAGCAGCCCUCAAGAACCACAGUGCCAUCGCAGAGUUCAUCCUCCUUGGACUUUCUGCUGACUCCCAGAUCGAGGCUCUGCUCUUUGUGCUGUUCCUGGGGAUCUACUUCCUUACCCUGGCAGGAAACCUGGGGAUGCUGCUGCUGAUCAGUGCUGACUCUCACCUGCACAGCCCCAUGUACUUCUUUCUCAGCCACCUCUCUUUCUUGGACCUCUGUUUCUCUUCAGUUACUGUACCUAAGAUGCUGGAGAACCUCCUGUCUCAGAAGAAAACCAUCUCAGUAGAGGGCUGCCUAGUUCAGGACUUCUUUGUGCUUAUUUCUGCAGGGACGGAAGCCUUUCUGCUCUCAGUGAUGGCUUAUGAUCGCUACGCUGCCAUCUGCCAUCCGCUGUUCUAUGGCCAGAUGAUAAGUAAACAGCAGUGUGUGCAGCUUGUGUGGGGCUCCUGGGGGCUGGGCUUUCUGGAUGCUCUCAUCAAUAUCCCUAUGGCACUGGAAAUGAACUUCUGUGAAACCUCUACCAUCCCACACUACAGCUGUGAGCUACCUUCUCUCUUCCCUCUCUCUUGCUCUGACGUCUCUGCUAAUCUCACUGUCAUGCUCUGCACCAUGAUCCCGCAUGGACUUGUCACUUUCCUCUCAAUCUUUUGUUCCUAUGUCUGCAUUGUCUCUACUAUUUGGAGCAUCACCUCUACCUCUGGCAGAAGCAAAGCUUUCUCCACCUGCUCCUCCCACCUCACCACAGUGAUCUUAUUCUAUGGCUCUGGUUUUCUCCGCUAUUUUAUGCCAACCUCACGUUCCUCCCUGGAGUUGAUCUUCUCUGUGCAAUACAGUGUGGUCACUCCCAUGCUGAAUCCCCUGAUUUACAGCCUAAAGAACAAGGAGGUCAAAGCAGCUGUGAGAUGA